AUGGAAAGCAACAUAAAGCCAACAGAGAAAGAGGAAGCCAACAACAAAGAAAUGACAACAAGCAAGCAAACUUCAGAGAAGCUCAAAGAAAAGGAUGACCAAGAGAAGCCUGAAGAGGGAGAGAAGCAGCCACAAAUCUCAAGAAAAGGGAAGCAGAGAAUGGAAGAACCAUCUCAAGGACACAAGCAAGUGGAGAAGACUUUCACACCUCCCUUGCCAUAUCCACAAAGUGCAUUAAUCCAGCAGGGGCUUCCUCCAAAACUUGAGGACCCUGGAAGCUUUUUCCUACCGUGCACCAUUGGCAACCUAAGCAUUAAUAAAGCAAUGUGUGACUUAGGAGCUAGCAUCAAUCUAGUGCCCUCUUCUCUGAUGAAAAGGCUAUGCAUAAAUGAGGUAAAGCCCAUACAGAUGUCACUAGAGCUAGUGGACAAGUCUGUGGUGUUUUCCAAAGGUGUGGUUGAAAACCUUUUGGUCAAAGUGGAUAAGUUUAUAUUCCCUGCAGACUUUGUGAUUUUAGACCUAGAUGAGGAAGGAAGUGAUUCCAUUAUACUAGGAAGACCAUUCUUGGCUACAGCAAGGGCUAUUAUAGAUGUGGAACAAGGAGAAUUGACCCUGAGAAUGCAUGAUGAAAGCAUUACUCUAAAUGUCUUUCCAGAAACGUAG